UAUUACACUGCUGCAAAAAGCAGUAUUUCGCUGCAUUUUGUCGGUUUUAUAAAGUCAGUUCCGUUCUUUUUUUCUAAUCAUGCGCAAGGUGGUGGUGAUACUGAAAUCGGAAAGUGAAAACACGGACAAUUACGGGGCGCUGCUGGAGAAGCAUGGGUUUGAGCCCGUUUUCAUUCCGACGCUGGAGUUUUCUUUCAAGCACCUCGACGUUCUGCGGGACCGAUUGCUUUCGCCUUACAAAUACUCAGGGCUGAUAUUCACCAGUCCCCGGAGCAUAACAGCCGUCCGGGACGCUGUGCAGGGUCAGAAGCUAAAAGACGACUGGAAAACGCUGGAGAACUAUUCCGUUGGGGAAACGUCCCGUGAUCUGAUCCAGAGAACGCUCGAUCUUGACACGAAGGGUCACCACGCGGGGAAUGCGAGCAAUUUGGCCGAUUUCAUAAAGACCGAUCUGUACAACAAAACCGUAACGAUGCCCUUUCUCUUUCCCUGCGGCAACCUCAAGCAGGACGUGUUGCAGAACAAGCUGUCCGAGUACGGUUACUCGCUGGAUUCGGUCGAAGUGUACGAAACGGUGCCUCAUCGGGAACUGGAAAGCAAUUUGGUCGCCCUAUUUCAGGGUGAGCGCGAAGAGAAGAGUGAUCGUCGAAUCGACAGCCUACUGUUCUUCAGCCCGUCUGGCAUCAAUUACUGUGCGCACGUGUUUGAGAAGCAUCGAAUAAAUUUGGCCGGGAAAAAGAUCGUAGCGAUCGGACCGAGUACGAAGAAAGCGAUCGAAAACAAGGGCAUCACGGUGCACCGAACCGCAGAAAAACCGUCUCCCGAUUAUGUGAUGAGUGCCCUCUUGCAGGACACCUAAGGCUCCACCAGCACACGGAACACCAAGGACCGGGAAAAUGCAAGAUGUUUCGAUGACCGGAGACAGCGAGACAGAGGCAGUCCGAACAGGCGCGCCAUGCGAAUGUGCAAUAACAAUCCGUCUUAGAUGUUUAUUUUCCUGAAUGUUGAUUCGAAAGACGAACUAGAAAAAUAGCACCCUUAUGACACCGUAGCGGGUGUUGUUGGCGAUUGUGUCGGGCGUACUAAGUGGGAUUUGUUAAACCUUUUAAGGAAUUUGAAAAAAGCUUAAUCUCGACGCUACUGAAAGUCAGUGUUAUCGGAACGUUGUUACAUUAUAGAGAGUAUACUAGCCAGUUGGAACUAAUAUGGGUCGGAGUUUGUUGGACUUGUUUCCGUAACAUUGCCCUUCCUUCAAUCUACAUAGCAUAGCUUAGUUGUUUCGCCUUUUUUCUACUCUCACUAUGAACCUGUUAAUUACCAGUGUCCUUAGCAAUGCGGCACUAAAAAGAGGUCAAUUUUUAGCGCUGUUUUAUAGAACCGAAGAAAGGGGUGAUUUAGAUGGAAAGUAGUAGUUACUGUAUACAGAAUACACGUAUGUCGAUAAGCCAAAAGAAGAAACAAUAACGAACACUAAGUUCCUCGCUCCAUCGAUGUGUAGUAGUACGGCCUAGCCGCAAAGGAACUAGAAACUGAGCUCGUAAGAGAUUUAUAUUUAAUCAUAAUCCGUUUUCUUGGAAAACAUUUUUAUUUUAUUCAAUUUAUUUUUCUUCAUACCGGAAGCGUCAAUAGAAAAAGAGAACCCUUCGGUAGAUCCUUCCAUUUUUUUAUAUAAGCUAGUUGAUAGCAAUAUGAACUUAUUUGUUCGGCCAUCUAAACACCUAAAUAACGAGAGACGAACUCGAAAUAAAGAAAUACCAAUGCCAUGUGUGGCAGAAUGUUGAACGUUGA